UCAAUCAUUUUUAGGUCUAUUCUUUAAUGCAGAAACUCAGUAAUGAGGAGGCAGACUUGGAGCCACUAGAUUCACAAGUUAUUUCAUUGCAUUAAAUUGAUUGUACCUAAUGACUAUUAUCUAAAGAUAUGUGUACUUAAUUUUUUUAUCUCAAUUUAUCUAAGCAAGUUGAGAAGAUUUUUGUCUCUACUAGGUUUUAGGUCAUGGUGUAUGGUUAGUUUUCUAUUUGGCUUUGGGAAGAGGAUGUGGACAAGAGAGCAUAAAAGCAAUGUCUAUCCACCCAAUCCCCUAAAUCGAGGUUACGAAGCGUUUGACAACACCAAUUACAAUGGUUUUUUGGAUGCAAUAUCAUGAAGAUAGAAUACUUAAAUGGAUAAAAUAACUUGGCAUUUAAGUGAUUUUCUUUUAUGGAGUAUCACAUUCAUACUUCUUAAUAUUUUUGUUAAAUUAAAAAUUUGAGUUGAUGAAUGACAAUCUUUUUAUCCACUAAAGUUUUCUUGAAUUAUUAAUCUUAAAAGAUAAAGCUGCUACUAAGCUAUUUUUCAGUGCAUAUGUUUCUAAAUGUGUUGCAGUCUUGCUCGGCAAUGUGCUCAACUUUGGUUGAAGACACGGGAAGCUCUUGGGCACCCAUUAGGAUUUUCCAAGGAAAAUGAUCUCUUGUUUCAAAAUCUUCCAAAUUCCCAAUUGCAGAAGGUAUUGGAACGUCCUGGAGCAUUUGUUCUUGAGAUUGGUACUGAAGAGAUGCCUCCUCAUGAUGUAGUUGAAGCAAGUAACCAGCUUAGAAGUCUCACUGUGGAGUAUCUGAAAAAAAGAAGACUGAGUUGUGGAGAAGUUUCAUCAUAUGGUACACCACGCCGACUUGUGUUUAGUCACUCAAAAAGUGAUAUUGGAACUUUUGAUGCGUUUACUGUCUCUUGUUGUGCGAAGAACCAGUACUAUACGCAGACACAAUAUGAUGAAGUGAGAAUUGAAUGGAGUGAAUUUGUGUACUCGUAUUUGAAGUGA